AUGACAGGGUCAGUUGCUUGUCAAAGUUAUCCAUUUCUCCAUCGUGUAUACAACUAUACAAUGACAUCUUCUCCGAUAGUACUACAAUUUCGCCAGUCAAGCUAUAGAAAAUUUACUAACGCAGCCUCAUCUCUCAACCAAAAUCCAGAGGAACACUUCCCGAAGCAAGAUCAUGGAGGUCAUGGCGGGGGCGGUGCUGAGCGCCCUCCUCCACAAGCUGGACGCCGUGCUGACGGACGAGUACAGGCUGCAGAGGAGCCUGAGGGGCGAGAUCAUGUUCCUCCGGGCCGAGCUGGAGAGCAUGCAGCGGCCCUCGAAAGGGUAUCGUCCUCGUCGACGGCGCAGCCGGUCGACAGGCAGGUCAGGAUCUGGGCAGGGCAAGUCAGAGAGCUCUCCUACGAUGUCGAGGACAGCAUCGACAGGUUCAUGGUGCGCGUCGACCUUCAUCAUCCGGGGUUCAGCGGGUUCAUCCGCAGGUGCCUGAGCGUGCUGACCACGGCCAGGGUCCGCCACCGGAUCGCCGCCGACAUCAGGGGCAUCAGGGGCCUCGUCAAGGAGGUCGCUGACCGCCGCGAAAGGUACAGGGUCGACGACGAUGUUUCCGCCGUCCGGCGGCCUGCAGGUACCACCAUCGACAUCGACCCUCGCUUGCAUGGCAUGUACGAGGAUUCGGCGAGGCUCGUCGCGGUGGGCGGGCCGAGGGCGGAGCUCUGCAGGUUGUUGGUGGAGCAAGAAGGUGCGGCUGCCAUGGAUGGUCAACUGAAGGUGGUCUCCAUUGUUGGGGUUGGUGGCCUGGGCAAGACGACUCUGGCCAACGUCGUGUAUCAGCAGAUCAGAGGGCAGUUUGAUUGCGAUGCCUUUGUCACGGUGUCCCUCAAGCCUGAUUUGAGGAGGGUUUUAGCCAGCCUACUCCGUCAGGUCAGUAAGCAGAGUUACAGCCAGGUUGAAGAAUGGGAUGUUGUGGAAAUCAUUGACAAAAUCAGACAAGUUCUUCGGGUUAAGAGGUACUUAAUUAUAGUUGAUGAUAUAUGGGACGAAUCAGCUUGGAACUGUAUCAAGGCUGUACUAGUUAAGAACAACUGCAGUAGCAGAGUAAUCACAACAACACGAAUUGUUGGUGUUGCAGCAUCAUGCAGCUCUGCCAUCGACGGUAACAUUUAUAAACUAAAUCCUCUUAGUCAUGAUGAUUCGAAGAAGUUGUUCUAUGAAAGAAUAUUUGGGAGUGAAGAUGCUUGCCAUGUGGAACUGAGGGAAAUAUCUGAGAAAAUCAUAAGAAAGUGUGAUGGUGUACCAUUAGCUAUCAUCACUAUUGCCAGCCUAUUGUCUCACAAAUCAAACAAUAUACAUGAAUGGGACACUGUGAACAAAUCCAUUGGUUCUGGACUUGAGAAAUUCCCCAAUAUGGAGAGCAUGCGUCAGAUAUUGUCUAUUAGUUAUUAUGAUUUGCCGUCCCAUCUAAAACCCUGCUUUCUAUACCUGAGUGUUUAUCCGGAGGAUUAUACAAUAUUUAGUGAUCACUUGGUACGAAGAUGGAUAUCCGAAGGCCUUGUCCAUGGAAGUGAUGUGGAUACCUUAUAUAAAGUGGGGUUCGGUUACUUCAAUGAUCUUAUUAACCGAAGCCUAAUUCAACCACAACAUGUAGAUUCUCGUGGCAACGUAGGGGCUUGUCGUGUACAUGAUAUGGUCCUUGAUUUGAUCACAUCCUUAUCGAUUGAAGAAAAUUUUGUCACUACAUUAGAUAGCCAUCAACCUAGUGAUCUUUCAAAGAAGAUACAUCGAUUAUCCAUCCAAAACAAUCAAGAACAUCACACCAUGUCACUUUCUAUGCUGAGCUUUUCCCACGUGAGAUCAUUUAUCAUCUUUCCUAGUGCUACAAAACUGAUGCCGCCUCUUUCAAGAUUUCAAGUUGUGCGAGUGUUGGAUCUAGAAGGUUGCCGUGACUUGGAGAAUCAUCAUAUUGAUGGUGUUGGGAAUUUAUUUCAUUUGAGGUAUCUAGGACUAAGGGAUACAAAUAUUACCAAAAUCCCGAAAGGAGUAGGGAAUCUGUAUUGUUUGCAAACAUUGGAUUUGAGUCAAAGUGGCAUAAUUGAUCUGCCAUCAACCAUUGUUCAUUUAAGGAAACUUGUGUGCCUAUACAUUGAAACAUCGGUAAAGCUACCAGAUGGGAUUGGAGCCAUGAAAUCUCUACAGGUUCUAUCUACCGUCAGUGUGAGUAACUCGCCAAACUUCUCAAAGGAACUAGGUUAUCUUUCGGAUAUGAGGGUUCUUAAAAUUUUCCUAUCUGGAACAUGGGACAAGAACUAUGAGAAACAUUUGUUAUGUUCUUUGUGCAAGUUGACAAAAAUCAAGGAAAUAAGCAUUCAAUCUUCCGGAGUUCCCACAAAAUUCAUUGUGGAUUUAGGAUGGACCCCUCACAACCUUCAAUAUUUUUUCGGCAACAUACCUAGAUUGCCGGAAUGGAUGAACUCCUCACUCUCAGAACUGUCCACUUUAAUCAUCACACUAGACAAAAUCCAGCAGGAAGACCUUGGUACUCUCGGCAACAUCCCAUUUUUGAAUUAUCUCUGUGUUACAGUGCACAAAAUCAAAAAGGCAGAAGAAAGGUUGAUUAUCGGUACUGAUCAUGCAAACUUUAAUUGCCUAUCUGAGUUUCACAUUCACAAUGAUUCAUUGGGGAUCAUGUUUGUAGAAGGAGCUAUGCCAAGGCUCCAAACCCUCGAGGUUACAUUUCAGAUUCGCGAGGCGAAGGAUGAAUACAAUAAUUUUGAGGUCGGCUUGGAGAACCUCCAUUCUAUUAAGCUGGUCACAAUUCGAAUGCAUUGUUCUGGUUCCAGUCUCGUUGAGGUGGAGGAAGCUGAUGCUGCUAUGAGGAAGACAUCCCAUGUGAAUCCCAAACAUCCGAGGGUUGACGUGAUUAGAUAUUAUGAAGAUGAAAUGAUAGAGGACGAGGAGAAAUCUCAACUCGAUGAGGAAGCAUUCAAAGAACAAGAGAUCAUUCUUGAGAAGAUUGGACCCUGGGGAGGAAAUACCGGGAGAAAACGAGACAUAAAAGUGUCACCACGUUAUCUAAGAAGUAUGAGAAUUUGCUGUGGUGAUGUUAUAGAUGCGUUUGCAUUUUCUUACCUGGACAGAAAUGAGAAUCUGCAUGAGACACCUCUUUGGGGCGGUAUUGGUGGGACCAUCCACACGAUUCUACUAGAACCCUCGGAGUUUGUGAUUGAAAUUUCAGGGACUUUUGGUCCAUAUGGUCAAUUUCCCAGCAUCAUAAAGUCACUUAUGCUUGUGACCAACUUACGUACCUAUGGACCUUUUGGGCAGCUACAUGGAACUCCUUUCCACUCUCGAGUGAAGAAAAACGGCAGUAUUGUUGGCUUCUUUGGGUGCUCAGGGGAAUUUCUAGAUGCAAUAGGUGUUUACAUUCAUCCUUAG